AGAGGCUUCCCAGCCAGCAGAGCUCCUGAGGCAGGGGAGAAGUCAGAGGCGACCUCAGCCACCUUUAGCUUCCUGCAGAAAAUGGCCAAAGGAAGGCGCUUCAACCCGCCUUUAGACAAGGACGGAAGAUGGUUCCCCCACAUCGGACUAACGCAAAGCACGCCCGAAUCCACCACCAGGGCAAUGUUAAAAGAACCCCACAGUCCACAUUUGUCUCGGCAAGCGGAGGGGAAGCUACCGCCAAUCUACAAAGUCUGGGAGCAGCAAGCAGUAAAUAACAACUUCCCCUUCUCCAUGCACGACAAUCGGCACUGCUUUCAGAACUCUGGCCACUACCUGGACUCUGGUCUGGGACGACGGAAGAUCUCCCCAGACAAAAGGCAACAUGCUUCAAGAAAUUUCAAUCUUUGGGCAUGUGACUAUGUUCCAUCUUGUCUUGAUGGCGUUUCAAAUAACCAAAUAUCAUAUGUAUGUCAGGAAGGCGUGGUGGUUCCAAUAUUUAGACGCUUUCCAAGACAUUAUAGUGAGAUAUGGAAUGCUUUUAAAUUUAUUCCUCAGCAAAGCUAUACAGAGUUUUUGAAAAAGAAUUCACAAGUAAGGUUUGCUGUUGACAAAAAGGCUAGUUCUCCUUUGGAGCCCUAAUACUUCUGGAAGAUUCUUGAUGAAUUUUGCAAUCUUGGUAUUUUAUCAAACAUUCUGAAAGUAUGUGUCUUCUGAUUUGGUGCUACUUUAAGUUGCAUAUAAGCUUUAUUUAGAAUUAGAGAUUAAAGACUGUAUAUGCCUUAAUGCUGAGUGAAGUUUUCUCAAAGUGAUAAUAUAGAGAUUACAGUUUUUAUAUUGAGAAGCUAGAAGGCAACAGAUAUGUUACCAUUCCCCACCUUUACAGUAGUUUAAUGAUUUUUAGUAAGGUUUAAAAACAUUCAAGUCCUUAUAAAAUAAAGAUAUGUGAAGAUACACACAUUUUAAAUGAGUAUAUUUUAAAUGAAAAUGUAUUUAAGUGAAUUUUAAGAUUGCCACACUAACUUUUGGGGGAGUUUAAAAAUCACAUAAUUAAUACAUGAUUACAUUUUCAUUUUGAAAUUUCGAACAGUAUAGAGGAAGCAGGAGUCCCACUUGAUUUUACUACAUCUCCAGUCUUUGUCCUGUCCCCAGAUGUAAGUUAACCAUUUGUUUUUAUUCUGUGCAUUUAUAAUCAUAUACAUGUACAUAACCACCUAAAAUUUUUGAACAUAAACUGUGUCAUACCGUACAUAGCUUUCUUCUGAUAUUUAACAGUGUUUCUUGGAGUUGUUGUGGUGUCUUAUGAAGGGACUGGUUCGCUUUUUAAACUACUGCCCUGGAUUCCCUAACAUGGAUGCACCACGUGUUUAAAAAUUAGCUUCAUAUUAGUGAGCAUUUGAAUUGUUUCUAAUUUUUUGCUGUCAGAUCUGGUGCCUAUGCCUGAUUAACCUCUUUGGGUGCAUGUUUACAUGAACUGCUUGAGUAAUCUCUGAAAAGUUACCUUUUUGGUAGAGCUGGGUCGGAAGGCAUGCACAGCUGAAGUUUUAUUAAAUGCUCCCACAUUACUUUAGCAAAUGACUGGGCCAAUUAAACUCCUACUGAUGGUAUCUGUGCAUUUGUUUUUUCCCCCUCAAAUUAUCUUUUAAAUAUUUAAUGAUACUUAAGAGCCAAAUGGGAACUUGUCAUGGUCUUAUUUUGCAUUUCUCUGGUUAUUAGUGAAGUUGAGCAUUUUUUCCUACUCCAUGGCCAUUUAUGUUUGUUUCCUUUCUAUAACCUGCCCAGUGUCACCAUUAUUCUAUGCCGCAAUUUUCUUGGUUAUAUUUGGAUAUUUUUCCUAUAGGUGAAUUUUAGAAUAAGCUUGUUGAGUAAAUUCACUGGAAAUUUGAUAGGCAUUUCCCUGAUUUAGAUAAUAACUUAUGGGAGAAUUGAAAUCUUUAUACCAUGUGAGUCUCCCCCACCAGUUUAUUCAAAUCUUAUUUUAUGUUCUUCAGUAGUUUUAUAAUUUUGUUCACAUGGAUCUGAUAUGUUUAUUUUCAGUUUAUUCCCACAUAUUUUGACCUUUUGUGCCUAUUUUUAAUGUUUGUUUGUUUUUUAAGGUACAUUUCAGAGUGGUUUUGCCUUAUGUCAAAAAGCUAUUGAUUUCUGUUUGUGAAGUCUUAUAUUUGACACCUGGCUAAACUGCUAAUAAUAAAUAAAUAUUCUAAUAAAAUAAAAAUAAGGUUCUGAUGAUUUUUCAGUUGAUUCCCUUGGGUUUUUCUAUGUAGAUGAUUACAGCAUUUGCGGAAGUGAUCAUAUAUAUCAUUUCUAACGUUUAUACCCUGUCAUUUUAUUGUAUCAGGUACAAUUUGAAUAUCAGUGCAUUUCGCAUGUUCUUAUUUUAUUCCUGAAUGUAAUCGGCUGCUUCUUUCGUGUCAGUUUGCUGUGGAAGCCUGACUAUUGUUGCAGGUUUCAGAUAGAUGACCUUUAUCUAGUUAAGACUCUUCUCUUGUUCUUUGUUUCUUGUUUUUAUUCUCCUAAAAUAUUUUUAAAGUGUAUGUACAGAGGAAAAUUUUCAAGGAAAAUAAAAA